AUGUUCGCCCCUCCCAACGCCGGGCUGCCGCCUAGCUAUCAUUCCAUUGCCAACUCCUCCCUGAUGGGGAGUUUCAGCGACGAAGGGUUCGAUACUGCACCCCCCGAGUAUGACUGGGAAAUGGCCAUCGACGUAGAGAAUAUGGUAGAGGAGGAACAGCCCUCGACGCAGGUGACACCCCCUCCCCAGGAUCAACUCUCCGGACCCUCCCGGGAGCCCCCGCGACGUAAUCAUUACUACCGCGGUAUUAGCGCCGAGAUCAUGGCCGACUUUGACUUACCCAUACCGGCACCCAAGGCGACUCCGUCAGAGACAGAGACGGCGGCUUCGUUUGCCUUGUCUCAGCCGCGGCAAAGGGGCUAUCUCCUCCCCACGCCGGCGUCGAUUCUUGCCGACAUUGAUAUCGCGCCCUUCUCGCCGCAGAACACGGGGGACACUACUAGCACCGCCGCUAGCACGCCACCCAUUCAAUCGCCUGCUUCAAGGCCCAGGUCCAACUCGAGACUGGCCUCGUUGACCUCAAACAACCCGUAUAUGGCUCUCCUCGAGCAGAAGGAACAGGCCAUGACGGUCGCCUUUUUGCGCAGCCAGGACUCGGGUUCCGGAUCGCGCUCUGCUGAUCUCGGAGCUGAUGACUUCAGGUGGGCGAGUCCCCUCUGGUCUAGGACAAAAUCAGAUACGCUUUCCUCUUACAGAAUGCUUACUUUCGGAACUGUGACUAUCAAAUGCUUUCAUUCUCAGAGUUUUUGCGUUUCUGUGAAGGCUAAUAAGGAGUAG